AUGGCCCAGGUGUGUCCCGGGGUGAAUAGAGGGCCCAUUCAGGUUACCAAGCAGCCUUGGACCCUGAGGGGCCGAGAUAAGGAGUGGGCGCUGAGGUGCAUGUGUCAGGAGCUGCAGAGUGCAGAUCCCGGCAAGGUGUGGGAUGCAUCUAUCAAACUGGCCAAAAUCGUCAGCAGGGCCCUGCCCAAGGCGGAGAUCCUGCCCUUCACCCAGACCCUGCUGGAGAGCCUGGGGCCUGUGAGCCAGGCCUGUGACCAGGCCAGUGUCCUGUGGUUUCACACGCUCCUGACAGACCGCGUCAGUGACCUGAAGGACACAGUCCAGGCCAUCCUGAGCAUCACCAGCAGCUACCUGCGCUGCAUGGAGGACCCUGACCCGAGAGGGAUCCUGGCCCAGGCAGUCUUGCUGCUGGCUCAGCACCACCAGGAGGCUGUGGUCACCUACCUCCUACAGUGCCCCCUGCCAUUGGAUAGGGACAGCAAGGAGCUCUGGGCAGCUCUGGCUGCUGAGGACUUCUUCCAGGACAUCCUAAAGGAUUUGCUAGACUGGAUCCCCAGGGGGCCAGCAGCAGAGCAAGAGGCUGAGACCCAGGAGGUAGCAGUUGCCAGUCCCCUCUCGGUGGUCUGUGCCAUCGGCAAGGUGGUGAUGGGGGCAGCGGUCGGGAAUGCGCUGGGCUCGCUGCUCCCUGAGCUCUGCUAUGCCCUCCAGCCGCACCCCGGACAGCAACACUCCAUUGCCCUCCAGGGCUGGGAGUCCCCUGGCCGGCCCAAAGGGAGCUGCACCCCCACCCUCCACCCCCCGCAGGUAAUGUCUGGGGCCAGGGCACCCCACUCCCACCCCUGCAGCCUGACGGUGAUGGCGCUCAGAGCCGUGCUCGCCAAGGGCCUGCAGGACAUGUCCAGGACCCUGGACAAGGAGCAAGGCUGGUGCCUCCUGGAGGAUCCCCGCAGCUUCCCCAAGGGUGUCUCCCUGCUGGCGAGGGCUCUGGUGCAGGUGAGCGAGGCACCGCUGGAUAGGAUCCUGCAGCUCCUGUCCCCGUCCCUGAGCUCCCCGUGUGAGGACUGGAGAGUCACUGGCACAGCCUUCUAUGCCGAGCUAAUGAGUCACCCCGUGCUGCAGCAGAGGAAGCUGCUGAAACCCGUCUUGAAGCACCUGGUGGUGGGGGCCAGCGAUGAGAGUGACACCAUCCGUUGGCUGGCAGCCCAUGGGCUGGGGAACAUGCCCCAGGGGGCGCAGCAGAAGGUGAAGAAGCACAGGCAGCUCCUGCUGGACACCCUGUGCCACCCCUUGGCUGAGCCCAGCAGCCCCCAGGUCGUGGGCGAGAGCAUGCGGGCCCUGUGCAAGAUGCUGGGGCAGCUGAGCGAGAGUGACAUGGGCUGUGCAGGCCCGGGCACACUUCCCGCACAUGAGUCACCCCAGUGCACAGACAGAGCUCCCCCCUGCGCCCCCUAG